GUGACAUCUUAUCAGGAGCGCAUCGCUCCAAUGCUGAUAGUGCAUUCAUAGGGUAGAAGUCAUCUCUCGAAUCGAUGGUUACUCUCUUGAGACCAAUAUACUGCCAUCGUAUGAUAUAAUCGCUGCCAGCUUCCAUAAUACUUCACAUACUAUUAAUCACCCUACUCGUUCUUCUCCUUUUUUUUCCACGAAGCAGAUGGUGGCCUUUCACCAUUCCCGCGCUCCAUCAUUGUUGCUAUGGAUCCAGAGCCUCGAAAUGGAACAUUGCCGAGAAGUCCGACCCACGACGAAAAGGCCAAAAUCACUUCGCUCAUGCGGGAUUGGCGAGACCAAGCAUGGAGGCUGCGAACUGCUUGGGUCUCUACGAAGAUCUAUCAAGGGAUCAGAGAUUUACUCUCAGACUACGUGUUUGACCUUGUGAUGCCGCCAUCUACUUCUGCGAAGAAAAUGAGCUCGCGCCGCAAUUUCAAUCCUGAUUACAAACUUCAGAUGUACGAGAAGGUAAAGAGGCCUAUUCUGGACAAAUCUCCGAGAGAAUUCGAUGGAGUGAGCCCGUUCUCAUACUCGGCUAUGAAUUUCUCGGAUGAUCGAUUUGCUACAAGGUUCCUGAUGCUUCAUCCGGGAGAUGACGAAUCUCACAUUCAGAUUACCCUGGAAGUGGGUAGCUUACAGUCGUGCUCGCCCUAUGAUGCUCUUUCAUAUACCUGGGGCGAUAAAAUCUACCAUGCAAUUGAAUGUAACGGUAAGAUGCUGCGGAUUCAGGAAAAUGCCUGGCUGGCAUUGCAUGCAUUACGCCGUCCGAACGAGGUCCGGAAACUCUGGGUUGAUGCUAUCUGCAUAAACCAGGACGAUACAGACGAAAGAAGUAGACAGGUGCUUCUAAUGAGACAAAUAUUUCAACAAGCUACGAUAGUCAUAGUUUGGCUCGGCCCCGAGUCGUCGGGAACAAAGAAUGUAUUCGACUUACUUGGUACACUUUCGAAGGCUCGUGCAAGCGAGGAACUAGAGAAGCAGUCGCAACCCUUUACAACCCAAGAUCUGUUAACGGCUAGGCUUCCCGGACGAACCGAACAAGCAUGGACAGAUCUGGACAUGUUCUACUGGCAGACGUGGUUCACGAGAGUCUGGAUCAUUCAAGAGAUGGCCGUAGCUCAAACGAUAAUUUUCCGCUGCGGGCGACACCUUUGUACAUACGACGACUUGGAAGCUGCGUCCAACUACAUAGUAUCACACUCCUUAACGGCCCUUACCGGCGUUGACCCAUCAAAGUUCAUCCGUCUCUCCCAGUUUCGGCAGGACUAUCAACAGCGUAAUCCAGAUUCCGCCUGCAUAGACCUCAUUUUGUGUCGAGCACGACAGAGCUAUAGUACUGACGCACGAGAUAAAGUAUUUGGAGUGCUUGGGCUGAUCCGACAGUCUCGUACCCCUUUGCCAUUGACGCCCACUUACACACAGAGCUAUGGACGUGUAUAUAUAGAUACUGCAAGACUUAUUAUUGAAAAUUCAAAAUCCUUGGAUGUGCUGAGCGCUACAGAUGACCACCGGAGUAGCCUAAUCGACGAGCUGCCUUCUUGGGUACCCGACUGGGAAGUGUCUCAUCCUAGAUUUUCACCUUUCUGCACGGCCAAAGCUUUUGCACAUUGGCAGGCCUCUGGAAACCUCGAGCCCUCUCUCGAAUUUUCAACCGACGGGCUCAGACUAGGCGCCGUUGGUUUUCUUGUCGACGCAGUCAAUCACGUCUCAGAUUCUUUUUUGGAAUUUUCGCCUGUGCCUGGAGGAGAUAUUUCCGCUCAUAAUGUCACUAAAAUCGUAAAUUGGAGCUCAAAGUUGAAGUCCAUAGCGAAUAACACAGUCGAUUUCUACGCGCAACAGAGGUGGCGUCAGUGGGAGAGAAUCGCAAUGAAUCUGGGCAUAUAUCCAAACGAGAGUGCGGUAAUGGAUGUCUUUGCGAGAACCAUCACCGCUGAUUAUGAUUUUGGAUCUACUUCUUCCCUAGAGAUGUACAAGUCCUGGAAAAGAAUAUGGGAAUAUGCCACAACGUACGAGGGCAAUAAAAUUGAGAAAGCCUAUGAUGGAAUGACUUCAGCUGAACUUGCCAAUGCCAUGAAGUUCUUAGAAGCACACAGGAAAGCCAGUUUCGGUAGAAGGCUUUUCACCACUACUCGCGGAUUUAUGGGGAUUGGACCGAACAGGCUGCGAAGAGGUAUGCUCAUUUGGGUUUUGGGAGGUGGAAGGACCCCAUACGUUCUCCGCAAACGUAAAAAUCAAUCCUACACCUUUUUGGGUGAAUGCUACAUUCACGGGGCCAUGGAAGGACAACUCGUCCCUCGAAACGAAACGGCAAGAAAGAUUUGGAUCGAUUAAGUAGCAUCCUCUGCUUUAUGUGAGGUGUCUGAAGUGAUCCCUCAGUCAUUCACGAAAUUUUCCUCAUAUAUAUAAGGCAAUGUCACUUAUGUUAGUUCAAAGCUUACUGGCUGAUAUAGUUGGUCUGAUAGCUAUAAGUCUACGUCACGAAUUGAAUCAGUAGGUGUAACUACCAGCUCAUCCCGCGGUAAUUAUGUAAGUGAAUUGUCAGAGAAUAAUAU